AUGGAAGAAAUUAACGAGUGGCAACAAAUCGAACAACACACAACUCUCGAAUCAUCUGGAGUUUACGAUGGUGGUGACCGAUCAUCUUCUUCUUCUACUCCCACCUAUCACGAAGAAGAUGGAAGUUCUGUUAGUGAUAGGGAGGCUUCGACGCUGUUAGAUUGGGCCAAUGAAGGGAAGAAGCUGCUGAAGCUGCGGUUCGAGGCUAUGAGAGUGAAGAUUGUGAGGGUGGCUUCCAAAGUUCGUAAUUGUUCAAUGUGUGCUGGGGCGUUUUGGUCAUUUACUUGUGUGGUCGGAGCUGCGGCGGUGGUGUUGGUAUGGUGGAUUUAUUUCGGGAUUCAAAGGCGUCGCCGGAAGGUGGAUGGUUUGAAUGAUCUUCUUAGACAGAAAGAUGAGGUCUCCAUCCUUGACCAAUUUGUGUCCUAUCUUUCAGUGCAUGAGCUUCUCAAAUUUGCUUAUUUUAAGGUAAUGCCCAAAUCUCCCACUCUUUCAAUCUUGCUUUCUUUAUUGAUAUUUUUGGAAAAGAAGACCACAUGGUUUGGUAGAGGAGAUUGUUGUUGA